AUGAAGUCCGCAUCGGUCUGUGGCCUCUGCGCCUCGCUGCUCGCGGCCACUGCCUCGGCCCUCACUAUUCAGGAGAUCAACGGCAACCGCUACCUUUCGCCCUACAAUGGCCAGGAGGUGACCAACGUCACAGGCAUCGUCACGGCCAAGAGCAGCGCCGGCGUCUACAUCCGCAGCGUCCGUCGCUCGUGCGACCGCCGUGUCUCGGACGCCCUGUACCUCUACGGCUCGCAGCUGGCCGGCAACGCAUCUAUCGCAGUGGGCGACAAGAUCACUGUCGAUGGCAAGGUCACCGAGUACCGCUCCACCGAUGCGUACCUGUACCUGACCGAGCUGUCGUUCCCUGUCGUCAGGGCCAUCACCAAGAAUGUCACCCAGAUCAAGCCCCUGGUGAUUGGCAAGGACACCUACAAGCCUCCCACCGAGCAGUUCUCCAGCCUCGACGGAGGCGACGUCUUUGCUGUGCCCAACAACAAGACACAGAUCUCGGUUGCCAACCCUGUUCUAGACCCAGAGCACUACGGCAUGGACUUUUGGGAAAGCUUGAGCGGCGAGCUCGUGACUGUUCGAGCGCCGGUGGCCAUCUCGAAGCCCAGCAAGUACGGCGAGACUUGGGUUGUUGGCGACUGGCCUACGACUGGCAAGAACGGCCGCGGCGGUCUGACUCUCAGCGACAAGGAUGCCAACCCCGAGUCGGUCAUCAUCGGCCGCCCUCUUGACGGCACUAGCAACCUCAAGAGCUACAAGAUUGGUGACAAGUUUCAGGACAUCACUGGCAUCGUCACCUACCAGUUUGGCUUCUACUACAUCCUGCCGACCACCAAGCUCGCUCUGACGGGGUCUGCCGAGCCCACCCUGCCGCCGCCGACCAGCCUGACCAGCGAUGGCACCUGUUCCGGCAUCACUGUUGGUGACUACAACAUUGAGAACUUUGCCCCGAGCAACACCAAGCAUGUCAGCAAUGUCGCCGGCCACAUCUACAACUACCUGAAGACCCCCGAUAUCCUCUUCGUCCAGGAGGUCCAGGACAACACCGGUCCCACUGACAAUGGCGUCGUUGACGCGAACGUUACCCUCUCCACCUUGACUGCCGCCAUCAAGAAUAUCAGCGGUGUCGAGUACGCUUUCGCCUCCGUCGACCCCCUCGACAAGCAGGACGGCGGCCAGCCCGGAGGCAACAUCCGCGUCGCCUACCUGUACCGCUCUGACGUGCUGCGUCUGCGCAAGCCUAAUCCUGGCGGCUCGCUCGACGCCAACGCGGUUCUCGACGGGCCGACUCUCAAGUACAACCCCGGCCGUAUCGACCCGACCAACCCGGCCUGGACCUCGAGCCGCAAGCCUCUGGUCGCUGAGUGGGAGACCCUGGACGGCAAGAACAACUUUUUCACGGUCAACGUCCACUGGGAGUCCAAGGGCGGCAGCACCUCCCUGCAGGGCGACGUGCGCCCUCCCGUCAAUCUGCCCGUUGAGAAGCGCACCCAACAGGCCAACAUUACUGCUACUUUCAUCGCCGACAUCCUCGAGAAGGACCCCAACGCGUCCGUCAUCAUGGCCGGAGACUGCAACGAGUUCUCCGUCGUGCUGCCCAUCAUCACCUUUGAGCAGGUCUCCGGCAUGGUCGACCUGGACGUCGCGGCCGGUAUCCCCGUCACCGAGAGGUACACCUACACCUUUGCCAACGACAUGGAGGAGAUUGACCACACGUUCAUCAGCCCCGCCAUCGCCAGGAAGGGCGUCAAGGCAGAGCACAUCCACAUCAACACGUGGGUCAGCUUCGAUGAUGCUGUGUCCGACCACGACCCGACGGUUGCUAAGCUGAACUUGUGCAAGUAA